GGCGGCGAGCCAGGCCCAGCGUCCCGGAGCUGGCCUUCUGGGCGGCGGCGGGAGGCUCGCGCGGGAGGACCCGCCCGGCCAGGGCCCCCGAGGGGUCCCCGAGGCCCAUGCCCGGCGGCUGGCCUGUGCAGCGGCUGGAGCGCGGCCCGGCUCUGCAUGGCCCCGGCUGCUGACAUGACUUCUCGGCCGCUCGGUGUCAAAGUGGAGGACUCCGCCUUCGGCAAGCCGGCCGGGGGAGGCGCGGGCCCGGCCCCCGCCGCGGCCUCGGCCUCGGCCGCCAUGGGCGCCGACGAGGAGGGGGCCAAGCCCCGCGUGUCCCCCUCGCUCCUGCCCUUCAGUGUGGAGGCGCUCAUGGCCGAUCACAGGAAGCCGGGGGCCAAGGAGAGCGCCCCGGCGGCCUCGGAGGGCGCGCCGCCGCCGGGCGCCCGAGCCGGCCCGCUGGGCGCCCCGGACGCGCCCUCCUCGCCGCGGCCGCUCGGCCCCUUCUCGGUGGGAGGACUGCUGAAGCUGCCCGAGGACGCGAUGGUCAAAGCCGAGAGCCCGGAGAAGCCCGAGAGGUCCCCGUGGAUGCAGAGCCCGCGCUUCUCCCCGCCCCCGGCCAGGCGGCUGAGCCCUCCGGCCUGCACCCUACGAAAGCACAAGACCAACCGCAAGCCGCGGACCCCCUUCACCACGGCGCAGCUGCUGGCGCUCGAGCGCAAGUUCCGCCAGAAGCAGUACCUGUCCAUCGCCGAGCGCGCCGAGUUCUCCAGCUCUCUCAGCCUCACCGAGACGCAGGUGAAGAUCUGGUUCCAGAACCGCCGCGCCAAGGCCAAGAGACUGCAGGAGGCAGAGCUGGAGAAGCUGAAGAUGGCAGCCAAGCCCAUGCUGCCACCCGCGGCCUUCGGCCUCUCCUUCCCCCUGGGCGGCCCGGCCGCGGUGGCGGCGGCCGCCGGCGCCUCGCUCUACAGCGCCUCUGGCCCCUUCCAGCGCGCCGCGCUGCCGGUGGCACCCGUGGGACUCUACACGGCGCACGUAGGCUACAGCAUGUACCAUCUGACAUAG